CGGGAAGGCGGGCGUCACGCUGCUGUGCACAGGCGAAAGAGACGACUUCUUUCUUGUUUUUAAGCGAAUAGAAAGUAAACACAGCGAAGGAAUAUGGCUCGUUUAAGUCAGAUGUAACACAGCGAAUGUAAAUAUGGCUAAUUGCGUCGGGAAAAGCUUCGUAGUGCCUGGUUUGUUGACCAGAAAGUAACGGUUGUCCUACCGAGGUCCGAAGGGGGGGAAAAAGGAUAGGCAUUUAUCCGAAGCAUAAAUUCAGCGACGAUUCAUGAGUAAUUGUAGUAAUUGUUUUUUUUUUUUUUUCAUUUUAAGUCAACCCCUUGAGGUGUUUUUCCUCGGUAGGUACUAGUCUAGCGAACAGAAAUGGACCGAGGUGGCUGCCAGAUGAAUGGCGGCGGUGGAGGUGACGGCAGCGGGCCCGACCGAAACGGGAUGAUCACACUGGAGGACCUAGAGUCUUUCUCGGAAGACCAGCUGUCAGACUCGGGCAACGGCAGUUUGGAAGAGGAAGGAGAGAACAUGGAGGAAGACGAAGAUCCAGACCGACUGUUGCAUUACUGGCAGGACGUAGCCAGGGGACACCAAGUCGAAGUUUCUCAAGAUAUGGCAGAACCCAUUCAGCAGCUAACCAGCAACAAUCAAGGACGCAGCACUAGAGAACAAGUCCCUUUCACUCUCCUCACACGCAAAGAGAAGUGUGGGGAGCUGCUCUAUGAGAAACGCCACUACGAAAAGGGCCACUGGGCUUGUAUAACAAUGCGUGAGGACACUUAUGAACAGAGCAUCUGUUAUGGUUUUAUGAGGAUAAUGAGAUACAUCUGCCAGCAGAACUCUUUAGGUGACUACUUGGGCAUGACGCUCCCCAUCGUGACUGUGGUACGCACUGAUGAGAACCAUUCGGUGAUGUCCCAUGACGUCACUGUGGCGUACUACCUUCCUGUUGAGCAUCAGGCCCAGCCCCCGCAACCUAAUGACAGCGAAAUCAUUAUAGAGAUCUGGCCUGCCACUAUUGUAUACACAAGGGCUUUCAGCGGCCCCACCAAUGAAGUGACCAUCAUUAACCAGAUCAAUGCCAUGGCAGAGCUGCUGGACUCUCCCGGUGUGUGCGUCAACAAUUCGUUCAUUGUGGCCGGCUACACCAACCCUGCUCACAGCAACCGUCAGAAUGAGAUCUGGUUCCUUGAGCGACAGUGAAGGACGAGAGGAUUAAGCAGCAUCCUCCAAUCUUCGACCCUUGAGCCUCAUAAGGACUCCCUUAACACUGCCCCAGCUCAGCUACAGCCUCAGGUGCAACAUCCUCUUAAGUCACCACCUCUACCUGGACCGAUCACCAGCCCAGCACACUACACAGCAGUUGGGUCUGGAUUUAAAAAAAAAAAAAAAUCAGCCCUUACUGUACCCUCAGUGAAUUUUCAUUCAUGUUCAUUUAAAUGGAUCGUCAUUUCACCCAUAAGAACAGAACUAAACCACUGCCAUACUCUCAUGAACACAAUCCAGAUACGUAGCAUUCAUCUCCAGCUCUUACAUCAAGAUGACUUAAAAACCUUUCCUAAGCACAGCGCUCUCUUGUUUAAGUUGAAACAGUUUUAACUCUUGGCACUCUGUGAACACAGUGACCACUGAGUGCUGUCAGAAACAAGCCACAGCCCAUGUUUCCCACCGUGGAAAAAAGACUCCCAGUGGACAUGCAGCCUUACUGUGCUCCCUUUCUGUUUGUUGCACAGCUACAAUGUCUUGUCAUGUGGGGUGAAGGUCAAUGCAUAGCAGAAAAAAAAAACACAGUUUAUCCGUCAGUCUCUAGCUUGCUGAGAUUAUUUCAACUCUGUCACUACUGAUCCACUGUUUAUUUCUUCUUCUUUUUUCAACUAUGGACUUCAUAGUUCACUACAGGUUACAAGUCUAUAUGAUGCCAGUCACACUGUAUAUUAUGUUUUAACAAUAAGUGCAAUAUUUACCAGGUAACCAACAAUCAACAAGCCAGUUAUUACAGUUCCUGGGCCACUGACCUAACCCAAUCUAAGGGUGUGUUCAGUUGCAGGUAUUGUGGGUUGGGGGCAUCGUACAACAGAGCCUGAUAAACAACAUCCAUACCAGAACUAGUGGCUUGAACCAUAAAUAAGCUCAACAAAAGAGGUUAUAAUAAUUUAGAAAACAAAUGCACAUGAACAAGACAUGUUCAUGUGUGUUUGUGCAUGAAUGUACAGCUGACAGGGAGAGGGUGAAAACAAAUGUCACAUUUCUACAAACCAAAUGCUGAAAAACUCACUGAUUUUACUGCUGAAUGACAAUCAUAAAGUACUUAUAUAUUUUGUACAUUCUUUUCUCGUAAGAAAAUUAUGUAAUGAAGUCAAUGCAUUCCUCAUGUUUCAAGCCACAUUCACACACAGGAAUAGUUAUCUAUGUACCUCUUUCUCAUGCUCUGUCUACUCGCUACUCUGCGUCAAUGUUAGUGAGAGCUUAAUCACUACUGUAUUGCAAACACCACUGCUGCUGAGUAGCGACAAUGCAAACA